UAAACAGCAGAUGUCCCGGGCCUCGCUUCGUCGUCGCAAUGACCUACGUACCGGAUGGCCAUGACCUACGUACCCGAGGGUCUUACGAAGGUACUAGAUUUUUCAUUUACCUCUGCCACCAAGAACACACUCCUUUGUACAUCCUCUUCUACUUUGAACUCUCUGCUGCUCUUCCAUCUUUCAUGCUAUUUCCCAAACAUCACAUUGUGUCACUACUUAGUUCUGUUGUGUAUUUCCAGGAAAAGCAAAUAUAUUUUGCUGCCACACUAUACAUGCAGCAGACUACACAGCCUGCUGCUGCAGCUGCUGCUGUUAAGCCAGCUGCCAACACUUGGCAAACUUUCAAGAGCCAGUACAGUUCAGGGCAAGACCCAGAAGCCAAGGCACCCCCAAAACCUCAGCAACUGCAUUACUGUGAUGUUUGUAAAAUAAGUUGUGCUGGGCCUCAGACCUACAGGGAGCACUUAGAAGGUCAAAAGCACAAGAAAAAGGAAGCGGCAGCCAAGGCAGGGCCAACUCCCUCACGCCACGCAUCCCUCCGCUGCGAACUUUGUGAUGUCACUUGCACAGGGGCUGAUGCCUAUGCUGCUCAUAUUCGUGGUGCUAAGCAUCAGAAGGUUGUGAAAUUGCACCAGAAGUUGGGUAAACCAAUUCCCUCAACUGAUCCAGUUGUGGUUGGAGGUACCACAAAAACCUCAACUACCACAGCUGGCUCAACAGUAGGUGCUAAAACGACUACUAGCGGUGGCACUGCAUCUACCACUGGUGUUCUCACAACUGCAGAUGGGAAGAAGGAUGAUCUCAAGGAUGAUUUACUUGAUCUGAAGGAGAAGGAUGUAGAACCUGUUGGUCAGGAAUAUAUUGAAGAAAUCAAGAAUGAGGAAGGUAAAGUGAUCAGCUUUAACUGUAAGCUUUGUGAAUGCCGAUUUAAUGACCCCAACGCCAAAGAGAUGCACAAAGGUCGCCGACACAGAUUGCAGUACAAGAAGAAGGUUAAUCCUGAGCUAGUUGUAGAGGUAAAACCAUCAUUACGUCAACGCAAACUACAAGAGGAGAAACUUCGGCGACAGCAGCUGCGCGAGGAGAUGUGGAGGCGUCGUGAGGAAGAGAGACUACUGGAAGAGGAGGAAAGAUGGUACUGGGAAGAGAGGAGGAGAUAUGAAGAGGAGUGCGAGUACCUGGACUGGUGCCGCAGGUAUCCCCGUGGCCCCCCUGGCCCACCACCCAUGAUGCCCCCUGGCAUGCCCAGACCUCCCUUCAUGCCUAUGCCUCCCAUGAUGCCAAUGCGUAGACCUGACUCAAGUGAUGACAGACAUGUGUUGGCCAAGCAUGCAGAUAUAUACCCCAAGGAAGAAGAACUAGGAGCUAUUCAGAAGAUAGUAUCGAAUACAGAAAAGGCUUUGAAAAUGGUGUCUGAUUACCUAGCAGAGGUUGAUGCGCCAAAAGAGCAACAGGUUAAGCCAAAGAUAAAGAAAGAGAAGGAAAAGGAGGAAGAAGCAAAGGAAGGAGAAGAUAAGAAAGAUGGGGAGAAGAAAGAGGAUGGUCCACCCCGAAUGUUGAAGGGUGUAAUGAGAGUAGGUAUUCUGGCUAAAGGUCUUCUACUCCGUGAUACAAGUGUGCAGCUGGUGGUGCUCUGUGGAGACAAACCUACGCGGACUUUGUUGGACAGAGUUGCGGAUAACCUCCCUAAACAAUUAGCGGUAGUGGCACCAGAAGACAAAUAUGACAUCCAGAGAGAGGUUGAGGAAGCAGCUUUGGUUGUCCAAAACAUUGGUGACCAGCGGAUCUCAGUAAAUGUGACGCUUACAUCUCCAAUCAUGAGGGAACAGCUGCUACAUGAAGGAGACUCCCAGGUGACCGCCGCCAAGGAUCCUCCAGAUGUGCUCGACAAGCAGAAAUGUCUGGACGCUCUUGCCGCCCUCAGACAUGCCAAGUGGUUCCAGGCUAGAGCAAAUGGUCUUCAGAGCUGUGUAAUGGUGAUCAGAAUUCUGCGAGACUUGUGUCAGCGGGUGCCAACAUGGGGACCAUUGAAUAGUUGGAUUGAAGGAUCAAUGGAAAUUGUAUGGAGGGUAACCAAUUUAUGCAUAUAUUUCAUCCCUACAUGCCUUAAGGUGAUUGCCUUCCGACAAAUCCACAAGGUUCUUGGCAUGGAUCCUAUUCCUCCACCAAAGUUCCAAAGAGGUGGACGCUUUACCCGCAAGAGACGAAGGGACAACUUCGGCGAGGGUAAUGACUCCGAGGGUGAGUUGGACGGUGGAGAUGGGAAGAAGGAUAAGAAGGAGGAUGGAGAAGAAUCCAAAAUGGAAAUGGAUAAAGAGACAAAAUAAGAUUCUUUUUACAAAGGUGCUUGAAUAGAUGUUAGUUUUGUCUAAUAAAUUUUGAGAAAUAUUUCCAGGGUGAAAGUAGUAUACAAUGUUUCAACAAUUGUAUUAAAAGAAUGAUAUUUUCGGAUGAUUUGCAACUUGUAAUGAUUAAUGCAUUCUGUACUUUCUAAUAUAAAUGUGUUCCUUUUAUACGAGUUGGUUCCAUAAUUUUAAUUUCAACCUGACCAACUGUUAAUGGCUUAAGGGCAU